AUGUAUUUGAUCGUGGGGUUUCCUGGUGCGACACGAAUGGUAAACGUUGAUCCCGACGCUAAGAUCAGCGUACUGACGGAGAUGCUGCAACAAGACGAGCGCCUACAAAACAACGAGCAGAUCACAUUGUUUUUGGCAAAGCGAAACAAUUCCUGGUUGGAGUAUGACAGCAAGGAUGAGGCGAUGUUGGCGCUUGGAGACGUAACAACGAACGUGAAGGGUAUGCUGACGACCAAAGCAAUAAAUCGAGACGCGUCUGUGGAUCAAGUGUUCGGCGCUUUACCGGCUCAACGCUGUGUGCACGUACUUGUUGUAGUCCCUGGCCACAAACUCCGUGGCGCGCUGGCAGGUCUAUUGGGCGAGUACAAAGUUCAAAUGCACUGGAACUGGAUUAUGCCUUUGCACGCUUGA